UACCAUCCGGACAUAGCGGGAAAAGAUCAAAAUGCCCAAGCGAAGUUUGUCGAGCUUACAGAAGCAUAUGACUGCCUAAAAGAUCCAGAGCGACGGCGAUAUUACGACAAUGGAAUUUCUGGCACAGGAGGACGCUAUCCUGGAGAUCCCUACACUUCUAGGGAUUUCCAGCAAUAUUCACGACCAAGACAAGAAAAUAUGUAUCAAAAUGCUGGGAACCCUUUCUAUAGCAAAAGCUAUACACAGCAGGAAUAUGAGCGGAUAUGGGAAGUGUUCAAUCGAAUGCGAUCGGAACAAGCAUCAUAUGAUGAAAGAAUGAGACGUGAGAAGGAAAGGAUUUGGGACGAAUUUGCAAGACAACGUGCUGAACGGUGGAAGGCGUUUCAUGACAAGUAA